CUCAUUUGACUGUAUCGCUGGAAUCAYGUGAGCCCCCCUAUUGGUGCUCUAGUGGUACAGUCCAAUCGCAGUUUGGAGUUGUUGCUGAGGAGGUUUCGUAGUCCGGAGGACAGACAAGCGUGUUCGAUGGAAGACGGCUCUACUUUCAAAAUGUUCCUGCCUUGCCUAAGGAAUUACCCGCUUUACAAAGGACAGCAUGCUGUAUUUAUUGUUCUUCUGUACAUCUUGACAGGUGUGGGGGGCAGUCAGGUGUUGGUUCCCCAGAAGGUGAGUGCUGUAUUGGGGAAGAAUGUGACGUUGGGCUGUAGCGUGGAGGUGGGGGCCAACCUCAGUCUUACCCAGAGUUCCUGGGAGCGCCGGCUCCCCACAGGCUCGGUGACUGUGGCGGUGUACAAUCCCGUGUUUGGCAUCUCGAUCCCCCCAAACUAUGUGCGCCGCCUGUCCUUCCGCUCGCCCUCCUCCCAUGACGCCACCAUCGUACUGGAGGAUGUGGGCUUUGAGGACAUUGGAGUGUACACCUGCAAGGUGGCCACCUUCCCCCUGGGCAACACACAGGCCUCCACCACUGUCAGCGUGCUCGUGGAGCCCAAGGUGUAUGUGUCGGCUGGCUCGGUGGCUCUGAUCGACGAGGGCAAUGAAACCGUGGUGGCCACCUGCAUCGCUGAGCGGGCCCGGCCCCCCGCCGAAGUCUCCUGGGAGACGGACCUGUUUGGCCAAUCAGAGGUGUCGCUGCAGGACGAGGCAAACGGCACGACCAGCACCCAGGUGCGCUACCUGUGGCAGCCCACCCGCCACGUCCAGGGUCACGCCCUCACCUGUGUGGUGCGCCAUCCUGCCCUGCACACAGACUUCAGGAUCCCCUACCAGCUCAACGUGCAGUACGCCCCAGACAUCGUGGUAGUAGGUUAUGACGGUGACUGGUAUGUGGGCCYUGAGAACAUCCAACUGACCUGCAAAGCCAACGCAAACCCACCAGCACACCACUUCACAUGGAUCAGACUGGACGGGAAAAUGCCAGAGGGGGUGGAGAUAGUGAACAACACGUUGCUGUUUCUGAGGCCCCUCCAACGGAAUGACUCUGGAGUCUACAGGUGUGAGGUUGCCAAUGACAUCAACCUACGCAGCAGGGACCUGCGGAUACGCGUACAAGAUCCUCCCACCACCUCCAUGCCCUACACCACCCCUGCGCCUGUCCUAACCGGCUCUGCCUCCUCAUCCACCUCUGUGGGAGAUAAGCGACGGGUCCUCUUCACCUCCCCCACCCUGGCAGCCCUGCCCCCCGACAACCACCUGGGCACCAUCGUGGGCGGGGCUGUGGGCGGAGCCUUGUUCCUCCUGCUGCUGCUGGUAGUGGGCGGGGUAUGUUACCUACGACAACGGCAGACCUUCCGCGGGGACUACUACACUAAGCAGUACCUAGGGCCUUCAGACAUGCAGAAGGCUCCUCCACAGCACAAGCUCCACCCCACUAAGCCUGCCAAUAACGUCUACCUAGACAAGGACCGCGAAGAGUGGGGCGACCGCGAACGCAACCACGUGCGGGACCGUGAACGCCUCCACAUGCAUCCAACAUCAACAACCAUCAUAAACAACCACAGAGAACCGGAGUACCAGCCCAACGGCCUCACGAGGGCGAUGAGGAACGGAGACCACCACGACCACCUGCGUAGCUACCCCAGCCCCCACCAAACAGGCCAUGCUAGAUACGCUGCCCCGUCACACCCACUGAGCACUGGCUCCCCCUACCUGUCGGAUGACUGCUAUGACAGCGGGGCUGAGGGGGACUAUGUCUCCCAUAUGGAUGGCUCAGUGAUCUCACGCAGGGAGUGGUACGUCUGAUCCCACCACAACCAGGCACGCUACCCUGCCAACAGACUCUGCCCACCAGAGAGAAGAGAGACCACAGCGCAGAAAUCAGAGGAGGAUUUCAUACAUUAUUUAAGAAAAGAGAAUACUCACAUGUUCUGCCUCUCUACAUAUCUCUACAUAUCUCUCUCUCUCUCUCUCUCUCUCUCUCUCUCUCUCUCUCUCUCUCUCUCUCUACAUACUGUAGUUUUCUCUUUCAACGUGCUUUUUCAUUUCUCAUACAGGAGGUAUUUUCCUCUGAUUUUGAUCCUCAUCAUGGAAGGUGUGUGGAUUGCCUAGCCACUCUGUGGCCAUGCCUUCAUUCUGAACUAGAGGACAAAUCUGUUAACUAGUUCAUGUGGGGUUAGGGCUCACAGUUCACUACACAUGCACUACUGGGUAGGCCUUGUGGUAUUGUUUUGAUGGCAAGCCUGCAGCAAUUUUCCUUUUUAUGUUAAUGACUUUGUAAACAAAGGCAGAACUCUUGCUCCUUUUCAGUUCAUGAUUCUUUAAAUGAAAUGAAAUCAUUUUUAGGGAAUCUGAUUUGACUAUUCUUGUUGACAUGAGUUUGCCUUCAACCCAAAGUUAGUACAAAUGGCAAUGUCUGGUAUCAGCUUUCUGUGGGGGGGGGGGGUGUAUUGGAGGAAGGAAAGAGGGAAAAGUGGACAGUAUUUACUUGUUAUUCCAGAUUUCAUUUCUUCUUGGUCUGUGGUUUGGUACCCACAGAAAGGGAAAAGAAUGUACAGCUUUCUGGCACAUACAUGUGUUGCAGUUGCUAAGUGGAUAUCACGGAUACUAAUCACAAAACAUUAUUGUCAUUAUGUGCUGUUCCACACGUAUGUGUGAGUGUAUUAUUAGUACCAGUGCCAACCUGGUCAAUAUUGUCACAUAGCAUUAGAUGCUGUCAUUGCAGCAGGAUGUCAUAGGUUAGAACUACUUCUGCAAUGUCUGUAUCAGUGUGGUGGUCCGUCUCAGAUAGCAGGACAGUAAUGAUAACUAACGAGUUACAACUGAGUAUUAGUUGACUUGUUGUAUGUCACCUCUUCACACAGAGAUGUUCAGCCCUUAAUAGAAUAAAAACAUAUUCAACUAGAGGUCCCUUUUCACAGAUGGGGGGGGUCUGUAUGUUCAGGAGCUACAUGCUUUGUGUCAGCACCCUCUUCCUCUCCAUUUGUAUCUGCUUUUCUACAUAUAAUCUGAAAUGCCCAUAAAAAAUAGAGUAGGAUGUAUAGACUGUCUAUGUUAAAGGCUGUUUAGAAAACAGUGAAUGGGCAUAAUACUUCUACUUCUGUUGUUAUUUCAGCUGUGCUACUGUGAAAUAAGUAGAGAAUCGUUGUUCUGUCUAGUGAGAUUUCCUCUGUUACUCACUGCUCUGGGUUCAGUUAUGUGACCGGUGCCUUAUCCCAGAAGAGCAGUAAAGUAAUCAAGUAAAAUGUACAGACAGAAGUGCAAGGCCCGUUUGAUCCUCUGUUGAGUGAGAUGUUUGUUGCCUUUUUCUUUUUUCAUUUUUACUAUUUUCUUUACAAUGUUUUGAUUGAGUCGUUCUGUUUUUGUGGCAUAUCCUCUUUUCUCUAUUCUCUGACGAUAGCAUUAUUUUUGCUCGUACAAUGAAUGACAUUUUGCAAAGUUUGAAUUGCAAAACACCUGGACAAAGCUGAACUAAGCUAAAACAAUGAUAAUGAUCGUAUUGUACAGUUCCUAUAUGGCAGUUUUCUGUCAGAGCAGCGGAGUUAAAGGGAUCGAUUGGUUUCCUUACCCUGUAAGCAGUCUAUGGACAUGGUAUGACAGAAAUCCAUGCUUUGGUUUAGAUUCAGAUCA